AACAACUCAGCCUCGAACGAAAUAGAUCAUCUGCGCUCGGAAGUAGAAAAUCAGAAGCCAAAUCAUGCCGAAAAAGACUACUAACUUGCUCGCCGGCGCGCAGGUCGUGGCCGCUUUGAAGCAGGCCGGUGAAGAUGUCGAGGGCCGCCAGAACGUGGCGGAGAAGUCGCUCGCGAAGGGGGGGGGGGGGCGAUUGGCGUCGUCCAUUCCCCGCGCACUUCCAAGGUGAUGGAGGACCGUGCAGGUACAGACUAGCUUUUGAUAGAGAGCGCCGCUCUUUUGCAAUACAAGACUAAGCACACGCUCAAGUAGCCAAAAUCUUCCACGGAUAAGAUAGAAACGCCGUCGCUCUUCGUCGUUUUCAUUUUCUGCAUGCAGAAUUCUUUUUUCUCAUCAUCCUAAGGUAAAUCGACGGUAAGCGUGAGGAAUCAACUACAAUACUUUAAUGGCCUUGGGGAACACGUCGUCUCGACCGGAUUCCUGCAAGUCUUGGAGGAUGCGAAGAGGAAGACGACGCCUCGUGUGGGGAUGACCAAGAAGCCCUGCCCUCAUGACAAAUGGGCCGACGAUCGCAAGCCGGAAGACGCUUGUGAAUGUGACGGCGUGAAUUAUUUUGUCAGGUGGGCCGAUUUUCAUACGUAUUACAAGUGCUAUGAAUCUUGUUCCGCUCUCGGUGAAGGAAGGAAGGAGGACUAA